AUGUAUCAAUCGAUUUGCUCUCAAAUGUUGUGCUUGAAAUGGUUCAAAUCACCACCACUGGAAGAAGUCUCCACGUCAGAUAACAAAGUAUCAAUAAUGGAUAUGCCAGAUUUAGUCAUGAGAAAGAUUUUGGGCUAUGUCGGUUUCUUAUCCAUUAUGAAACUCCGAAAAGUGUGUCACCCAUUCCGAAACUUCAUUGACAAUACAAAACUGAAUUAUGGGUUGACUCAAGUAUGUAUCGUUGUUCGACCAUCUUUAAUCAGUGCGAUAAUUUUUUGGUCCUCAGCCGAUCUCAUCGUAUUAAAUUAUGCUAAAUACGUGACGAGCAGUUUGGUGAAAGUAAAUGGAUGGGAUAACGUAAAGAUUCUGGAAAAGGAACAUUUUUUGGAUGUGUUUUCGAGAGAUCUCAGAGCAAUCUUGAGAAACCAAAGACUGUCUUCAAUGAAAUUGGAAAUAAAGGAAAACGACUUUGACGUUGUUGGUUUUCUGUUUUACAAGGAAUUUUUGAACAGAAACUUCACAUCUAUCAGCAAUAAGAAAUAUGGGUGGUUGUGUUGCUGUCGGAAUAGAUUGAAAUCUCCAUGUGAAUUUGCGGAACAUUGGCGUGAUGUCAACGGGAUACCUUUCAUGAAACCAUCUGUCGACCAGUUCUAUGAUUGUCUUAAAACAAUUCUGAAAUCAAGAGGCAGCCCCAUUCAAAUAAAAGAAUUGGAUAUUCAAGUUAUGGAAGCCUACCAUUUUAUGGAUAUCGCUCGUUUCAUUGAUAUAAAACACAUGAAAUGCCUGUAUAUAAAUCGUGUAUUUUGUUGCGAUGAUAAGAAGCAGUGUCUCGAUGAAAUCGUAGAGUUGGAUGGCUGGGAGUGCAUUCAAGAAUUGACAAUUACAAAUUUCAAUGUCACUAUUCCCCUGGAAAGAUUUCUACACAAAUCACAAUUGAAUAUUCGAAUUCCAACAAUUUCCAUGGAAGAUGUCCUAUUCCUGAAGAUGAGACUACUCACUUCUCCAGUUUUCGAGAAUUACACAAUUUGUUAUGACGAUUUGCAAGACAACAUAGACCGGUUAAUCGCAGUCCUUGGACGAUUUGUAAUUGACGGAUAUCGAGAGAAACAUUGGUAUUACCGAAUUCCGGACACAAAACAAAAGGUGACAUUCAGGUCAAAUAUCGAGUAA